AUGCAGAGAGGGUGCGCUUCGUCGGCUCUCCCUCUGCGAGCGCGCCUCAUAGAUUUUCUCAUCCAAUCUGCUCACAAACUCCAAGUUGCUCCGACCGUGAAAUAUACGGCAUUGUCAAUUUUUGCUCAUAGAUUCUACCCUCGUUGUUUGUCCAGAUUGGAGGAACAAGGCAAUGACGUGGAAAACUGGCUUUUGCAACCCCUGAGAGAGAGCAAUUUGCAGUUGUUUGCGCUUGUUUCUCUAUGGAUUUCAACCAAAAUACACACUUCUCCUUGUUUGUCUGUGAAAAUAUUCAAGUCUUUGGGGGACAACAUUAUCAAGGAACAACACUACACCAUUCGAGAUUACUUGGAAGCAGAGGUGGUCUUAAUGCAGGUAGUGAAUUUUGAGAUUGGUAUGAACAAUAGUGCUUUUGUAUACUUUGAGGAGCUUUUACUUCAAUUCAAGGGAGUGGCAAAGGUUGGGGAACUUGUGAACUUUGAAGCAGGCAUGGACAUCAUGGAUCUGAUUUAUGAAAAGGAGGAGACAUCCAUGCUCUAUACUAAUCCUCAUUCUCUUGCUGCAUCAAUCUUGGUUGUUUCAUAUGUCAUCACAGUUCCUAAACAGACGUGGGAAUUUCCUGUUGUUCCCUGGGACAAGGCUAUACGGUUCUUCCAGUUCUACCAGAACACUCAGUUUGCUGCUUUUGUGUAUUUCAGACUUGUAACAAAUGCCCUGUCGUGA